AUGUUCUCUGGACGUAGUGGCCCGCAGGGUGCUCAGGUAGAUUCUAGUAUCAUUGAAUAUUGCGAUCGAAUCAAGAAAGAAUUCAGUCUAUUGCAACAACAGUGUCAAAGUUUGAAAUUUGAUUGUGAAAAAUUAGCGCAAGAAAAAAUUGAAGUUCAUCGUCAAUAUGUUAUGUAUUAUGAAAUGUCUUACGGCCUUAAUGUUGAAAUGCACCGACAAUCCGAAUUGGCUAAACGUUACUUAGCAAUAUGUCAUCAAAUACUUCCAUGUUUAUCGCAAGAACAACAAAAUCAAGUUGCAGCAACACUUGAACGUGCCAAACAAGUGACAGUUGCUGAAUUGAACACAAUUAUAGGACAACAAAUGCAUGCACAAGGUGUAGCAUUUCCUCAUGGUCAUGGUCAAGGACCUCAUUUUGGUGCAUCGCCGUUUGGUUUACCUGGAGCGAGUGGACUUCCGCCAGGUCUACUUGCUCUACAAGGUGUUGCAGCAGCUGCACAACAAGCUUUUCUCAAAGAUGAAAAAGAUAAUCUUGAACGUGCUGCAGCAUCAUCACAUAAGCGUAGUGCAAAUUCUCCACACCAUCUCAGCGACAAAUAUCGCGGACAUAGUCGAUCGCCACUUGAGUCGAAAAAACAUAAACGUGAUGAAGAAAGUGAUGGCGAGAAGAGCGAUGGAGAUUUAGUGGUUGAUGAUACUAACGAGAACGAUAAACAACUAACGAAUGGUUCUCGUUCACCACAUGAGAAUGGUGAUUCAUCGAAGAUGACUUUGGCUGCACGAAAUAAAUCAUCGCAUCAUGAUGAUAAUAGUCGAAGUCCGCAUAGUGAUAACGGAUCUGCAAGAAGUACACCUUCGCAGAAGGGUAGUGAAAAGAGUGGUUCAGCUCCAAUAACAGCUGCAGGCGGAACAAAUGCGUCUUCGAGUGGCAGCUCCACGAAUAAAUCAAGUUCACGUAGUGCCGUACGACAUUCACCGAAAUUACCGCCAGCUGCGCCGUAUGGACCGUUUGGAGCCUUCAUGCCGGAAAACUUGGCUGCCUUCGCUGCUGGCCUCAAUUCAGCAUUCGGUGGAAAUCCUGCUGCUGCCGCUGCUGCUCGUAACUCCUUGACAGAUCUAUACUCGGCAAUGCGUGGACCACAACAACCGCAGCAGCAGCAGCAGCAACAACAGCCAUCUUUGUUAACAUCAGCAAGUGCAGCGACAAGUGGAAACUUGAUCGAACGAAAUGGAAAUAAACAACAUUAUUCGUUCCAUUGUGAUUCCUACGAUCCGUCACCAUCGGCGGCAUCACUACAACCGUAUACAUUUCCAUCGGAUGCUUUCGAAAUGACUGAUUGCCCGCGUCGAACAAAGAUCCUCAGCCAUUUGAUUCAUGGUGAUGUGGUUUGUGCAGUCACUAUAUCGGAUUUGAACAAACACAUUUAUACCGGUGGAAAAGGUUGCGUGAAAAUCUGGGAUCUAAAAGAAAGUACGAAAGACAACAAUAGUUCACCAAUGACAAUAAACAAACCGAUCGGUCAAUUCGAGUGUUUAAGUCGUGAUGCUUAUAUUCGGUCAGUCAAACUCUUACCUGACGGUCGAACAUUGAUCGUCGGUGGAGAAGCAUCGAAUAUUUCCAUUUGGGACUUGAAUGUAUCUCCAUCAACAACACCGAAUGGAACAUUGAUUGGUUCGAGUGCAUUAGGCCGUGAUGGUAGUAAUUCUAAUUCGUCGACAUCUUCGAAUUCUUCAUCAACUAAUUCACCCGUAACGAGACUUAAAGGAGAAUUGCAAUCGAAAGCAGCAGCCUGUUAUGCGUUAGCCAUCUCAACCGAUGGUAAACUUUGCUUCAGUUGUUGUUCAGAUGGUAACGUUCUUGUCUGGGACAUCCAAAAUCAAAGUAUUGUUCGACAAUUUCAAGGCCAUACGGAUGGCGCAAGCUGUAUUGAUUUAACCCCUGAUGGUUUACGUGUAUGGACAGGUGGUCUCGAUAACACUGUACGUUGUUGGGAUGUUCGUGAGGGUCGUGAAUUGCAACAAUUUGAAUUUGACUCCCAAAUCUUUUCGUUGGGAUACUGUCCAACGGGCGGAGAUUGGCUGGCAGUGGGAAUGGAACAAAGUUUGAUUGACGUACUCAAUGUUUCAUCGAAUAAACCGGACAAAUAUCGUUUAACACUACAUGAAAGUUGUGUUUUAUCAUUGAAAUUUGCGCAUUCGGGAAAGUGGUUUGCUUCAACGGGUAAAGAUAAUCAGCUAACAGGAUGGAAGACACCCUACGGUGCAAAACUAUUUGACAAUAAAGAAGGCUCGUCGGUAUUAAGCUGCGAUGUGUCUCAAGAUGAUAAUUUCAUCGUGACCGGUUCCGGUGAUAAAAAAGCAACCCUCUAUGAAGUCGUUCAACUCAAAGAUAGAGCGUGUUAUUUUAGUGAAAUGCAAAUGAUGAAUUUCUUUUCUUCUGAUAUCUGCACACGGAAUGGCCAGCCGAAAGAAAGUGACAGUGGAGUAGGAAAAACAAGUUUAAUGGGUCAAUUCGUUUCCCAUCGAUUUUCUAACCAAUAUAAGGCAACUAUUGGCGCAGAUUUUCUGACAAAAGAAGUGCAGAUCGAUGAUCGACUCGUGACAAUGCAGAUAUGGGAUACUGCAGGUCAAGAACGUUUUCAAAGUUUAGGCGUUGCUUUCUAUCGUGGAGCUGAUUGUUGCGUACUUGUUUAUGACGUCACACAAGCAAAUUCAUUUCGAUCACUGGAUAGUUGGCGCGAUGAAUUUCUUAUCCAAGCUGGUCCUCGUGAUCCGGAAAACUUUCCAUUUGUGGUUAUCGGCAAUAAAAUUGAUCUUGAUAACCGUGUGAUUCAAGCGCGCAAAGCACAAAGUUGGUGUGCAGAGAAAUCCAAUGUACCCUAUUUCGAAACGUCGGCUAAAGAUGGUAUUAACGUUGAAAAAGCGUUCGAAAUUGUCGCACGCAAUGCAUUAUCACGUGAAAAAGACAUUGAACCAACACCGGAUUUUCCAAAACCGAUCAUAAUUCCUACAAAUCAGCAGCCAACUCAAUCCAGCGGUUGUCCAUGCUAA